GACGGACGCAACACACGUUCUUAUUGCUGGUGCUUAUUUCCGGUUUGAUUAGGCACAUGAACAUAUGGCGUGAACGGCGUGUAUUUAGAUGAUAUUUAGUGUUUUAUGUGGUUUAGUUUAAAGAGGGAGUUAGUUUUGACCCACAUUACGCUCAAACAGCAGCGAAGAUGAACUCCGUGUUCCGGAAGGUUUUGGUCACACAGCAGCGUUUUGUGCUGAGUCAGGCCCUGACAUCAUGCAGAUCCUCACCAUCCAUCCAGCAUCCUGUGUGGUGUCCAGCAUCUGUAAAUGAGAGACAGUACAGAAGCAUGCCGACACACAGGAUCGGGAGGUGGAAGUAUCUUUUACCAAAAGAAAUUCCCAAGAAAAAGAAGGACAAACCUCGAAUGAAAGCGAUCAUCCCCGCGACAAGCAAGGCGUACGGGACCUUGAACGUGACUGUGUCAGGUUACAACAUGACGGUGGUGGAGCAUUACUCCCAGUACAUCCACCAGCUGUGCAACCGGCUCGACGUCAACGUGGCAGACAG